AUGGAUAAAAAAAGAUCGGGACUAGAAAUAGGACUAGGAGAGACUGUCGUACUAGAUCUCACAAAACCUUUGAUCGGACUAGGAUGCGAGGUUUACAUAGACAACUUUUUCAAUUCUCCUCUGAUGCAAUACAUCUUAGCCAAGCAAAAUAUAAAAUCUUUCGGCACUGUCCGCAAUCAGCGAAAACAUACACCGAAACAUUUACCAUUAGAUAAAGAUAUGAAGAGAGGCGAUAUCUAUGCAACCAAUUCUGAAGGAAUUUCUUUCAUCAAGUGGAUGGACAAUAAAGCGAUGCAUCUCCUCACCAAUUUCUUGUCGCCAAUACCUACUCAAAAGGUGAAACGUAAACAAGUAGGUUCGGCACAAUGUUUAGAGAUUACAUGUCCCGAUAUUGUUCGUAAAUAUAGUAAAAAUAUGGAAGGAGUAGAUCUAAUGGAUAAAAAAAAGUGA